CUUGCCUGCGAGAGCAUUUCGAACCGCCGGGCUCCCAGCCUCCGUGGAUUUUCCGGCUCGCAUUUCCCAUAAGCAUCUGGGCCCAAGAUCACCUCGAUCUCUGGGUCUCUUUCCGGUGUCCUCAAGGCUUUCGGACCCUGCGCGGAGGAAGAUCCGCCCUGAGCUAACAUCUGUGCCAGUCUUCCUCUAUUUUGUAUGUGGGUCACCGCUGUAGCAUAGCCGCCAACGAGUGAUGUAGGUCUGCGGCGCCAGAGAAUUAACCACUAGGCCACAGGGCCGGCCCCCCAACCUCCCUUUUAAUUCUAUUUGGCUAUAUGUGGUUGAAGGCAGAUGUGCCCUAGAGGGUAUUUUGUUUGGUUUUUUUUCUUUUUUAGUUUAGUCUGUGCUGCAAGAAAUGCUAGUGUCUCAUGGUUCCUUUUUUUCCCCCACUGCUGCCGGGUUCCUGAGAAGGACCCUGAAGAGGAGGAGAGAAUUGUCGCAUAUUUAGAAAUCAAGGUUCAAGAGAAUCUUGACAGUGAAAGCGUCUUGUAUUGAUGAGUGACAGCUCCAGCAUGUUCGAGAGCUGCUCUGGCUUUUCUGGAUUCUGUGCUUCACCAAUAGAGGAACCCCAUGGAGCAUUAAUUAGCUCUUGCAAUUCUAGAACCAUGACUGAUGCAUUGGUGACUUUCAGCGACGUGGCCAUCGACUUCUCGCAGGAGGAGUGGGAGUGCCUGGACCCCGCUCAGAGGGACUUGUAUAUGGAUGUGAUGCUGGAGAACUAUAGUAACUGGGCCUCACUAGAUUUGGAGUCAACAUACGAGACCAAAAAUACAUUUCCAGAAAAGGACAUUUCUGAAAUAAAAUUUUCCCAAUGGGAGAUAAAGGAAAGUAAAACCCUUGGCCUUGAGGCAUCCAUUUUCAAAAACAAUUGGAAGUGCAAAAGCGAAUUCGAGGGACUUCAGGGACCCCAGGAGGGAUACUUCAGUCAAAUGAUAAUCAGCUAUGAAAAAAUGCCCACUUACGGAAAAAGUAAAUCUCCCACUGCACAUCAAAGAAUUCAUAAUCAAGAGAAACUCUAUGAAUGUAAGGAAUGUGGGAAGACCUUUAGUUGGGGCUCAAGUCUUGUUAAACAUGAGAGAAUCCAUACUGGUGAGAAACCCUAUGAAUGUAAAGAAUGUGGGAAGGCCUUUAGCCGUGGCUAUCACCUUACUGAACAUCAGAAAAUUCAUAUUGGUGUCAAAUCUUAUAAAUGUAAGGAAUGUGGGAAGGCCUUUUUUUGGGGCUCAAGCCUUGCUAAACAUGAGAUAGUUCAUACAGGUGAGAAACCUUAUGAAUGUAAAGAAUGUGGGAAGGCCUUCAGCCGUGGCUAUCAACUUACUCAGCAUCAGAAAAUCCAUACGGGGAAGAAACCUUAUGAAUGUAAAGUAUGUGGAAAGGCUUUUCGUUGGGGCUAUCAACUCACUCGACAUCAGAUAUUUCACACUGGCGAGAAAGCUUUUGAAUGUAGAGAAUGUGGGAAGAACUUUAAUUGUGGCUCAAGUCUUCUUCAGCAUGAGAGAAUUCAUACUGGUGAGAAACCCUACGAAUGUAAAGAAUGUGGAAAGGCUUUUGGUCGUGGCUAUCACCUUACCGAACAUCAGAAAAUCCAUACUGGUGAGAAACCUUUUGAAUGUAAGGAAUGUGGGAAGGCCUUUACUUGGGGUUCAAGCCUUGUUAAACAUGAGAGAGUCCAUACUGGUGAGAAAUCCCACGAAUGUGAAGAAUGUGGGAAGGCCUUUGGUAGCGGGUAUCAGCUUACUCGACAUCAGAGAUUUCAUACUGGUGAGAAACCCUAUGAAUGUAAGGAAUGUGGGAAGGCCUUUAAUUGUGCCUCAAGUCUUGCUAAACAUGAAAGAAUUCAUACUGGUGAGAAACCCUAUGGAUGUAAAGAAUGUGGAAAGGCUUUCAUUCGUGGCUAUCACCUUACUCAACAUCAGAGAAUUCAUACUGGUGAGAAACCUUUUAAAUGUAAGGAAUGUGGGAAGGCCUUUAGUUGGAGUUCAAGCCUUGUUAAACAUGAGAGAGCCCAUACUGUUGAGAAAUCCUAUGAAUGUAAAGAAUGUGGGAAGGCCUUUGGUAAUGGCUAUCAACUUAGUUUUCAUCAGAUAUUUCAUACUGGUGGGAACCCUUAUCAAUGUAUGGAAUUUGGGAAGACUUUUACUUAUGGCUCAAGCCUUGUUCAACAUGAAAGAACUCAUAGUAAUGAUAUGUCCUACAAAUAUGAAGAGUGUGGGGAAGCCUUUAUAUGGACACCUUACUCAAAUGAGACAAUUGAUAUGGUGAAACUUUAUGAUUGAAGAGAUGUGAAAGAACAUUUUUUUUGUGUGUAUGGAUAACUUAUUCAACACGAGGAGAAACCUUACUCUUAAGAAACCUUAUGACUGUAGGGGAUAUGCAAAAGCCUUACCUGUAUAUGGACAAUUUACUUGUUAUCAGAAAAAUCAUACUAGUGAGAAAUAUUCUGAACAUAAGGAAUAUGGAAAGGCCUUUAGACUUCUGUACAAUCUUAUUGAACAUCAAUUUAUACUGAUGUGAAGCCGUUUAAAUGCAAGGAAUGUGUAAAGAUCUUGAAUUCAUGGCACAAAGUCUGAUACACACCAGAGAAUUGAUGCUCAUUGGAAACACUUUAAGGAAGGUGGGAAGGACCUAAACUUAAUUCAGUUUAUGUAAGGAAUGUGGGAAGGCUCGAGGAUGUGGUAAACAUCUUAGAGGACAUCAGAGAAUUCAUCCAAAUGAGAAACACUUUGAAUUAGAAUUGUAGGAAGGCUUUAGACAAGUGCUACUCAAACUAUUAUCCAGAGACAAGUGCUAGUCCACAAAAUUGUUACCUGUCCAUCAUGAGAUAAAUGCAGAAAAUGAGAGUAAAUGUUUGGAAACUUUUAUAGUAAUUUGAUAUUGCCAUAAUUUGAUAUUGCCAUAACAUUAUCGUUGUAUUUUACAAAAGUAUCAGUCCAUGAAUAAUAAUGGGAAAUUAAAAACAAAAAGUUUGUCCUUACUCAGAAAUAAUUUGAGGGACAACAUUCACACCUUCUAAAACAUGAGACAAGUCAUGAUAUGAUUUAAUUAGAAUAAGAAAUCCCUCACUUGUCACCUCUCUGAUUACAAUAGCAGAAUCUUCAUACUAUAGGAAGGUUUGGUUACUAUGGGAAUCACCAUUUUCUUAUGCCCAUAAAAGCACAGAGAAUUUAUACCAGAUAUGUUCAUUUAGUGAAUGUAUAGAAGCCUUCCAACACUAGUCAAUCUUUGUUAAACUUUAGCAAACUCAUCCUAGAGAAUAACCCUAUUAACGUAACAAAUGUAGGAAACCCCUUAUCUAUGGCACAAACCAUACUUUGUCAUCACCAUUCCACCUCCUUACUACCUAUAGGAUGUUGGGCAAAAUGCUUAUCCCCUCUGGGCAUCUUGUUUAAAAUGCUGGUGAUGGUAACGAUCUAAUAGUGCUCUUGUAGAGACUGAAUGGAUUUAGUAUGGGUCAGAUCUUUGGAAGAGUAUCUGGUUAUGUAGCCUAUGAACAAUACAUAAUAGCUAUUGUUCUUAUCCUCAUCAUUGGUAUUAGUACUGGUGAUUCUUAAGAGAGGAAUGCCUAUUUGGUGUAAUGAAUUUAGAAAAGCUUCCCAUAACUACCCAUCCAUUUGAAUUUCAUCCAUUUAUUUCAUUCUGGAUAAAAUCUAGUAUGUAAAGAACUAGAGAGGAUUUUUAUUCAGAAUUUAUCCCUUAAGCUGCAGCAAAAAUUAACACUGAAAAGACACGUUGUGGAUUUAGUAAGUGUUAAAACGUUGGGAAUACACCUGUUGAGGAAUCAGGGAGCAGUGUGAAGCAAUUUGGCUGUAAUGAAUUCCAACAGACAGGUAGUAAUUAAAAUUCUCCACUCAUUUCAAGAUAAAUUAGAAAUUAAAAAGAGAACAAAAAGAAAACUGUGCAUUUGGGAACUCUUUCCCAAAAUUCUAUUAGGACAUUCAGAAAAGUUUAAAGAAUAGUAUCAUGAACAUCCAUAUACUCUAUAUGGAAUCAAUAAUUCUUAACAUUUGGCCAUAUCUGCUUUCUCUCUGAAUACAUAUGUAUGUAUGUGUAUUUAUACUCGUGUACCAUUUGACUUAUGAUGUAGAAAUGGUAUUUCUUUCCUGAACACAUCAGCAUGCCUCUUUUAAGAAUAAAAACUGUCUUAUUCUUAACUCUAACACCAUAGUCACAUAAGAAAAUUAGCAAUAAUUCUGUAAUAUUCUUUUAUAUUCACUUCAUAUUUCUGAGUGCUCCCAAGAAUUUAUCGUAUUGCUAUUUAUUUUCUAACCAGCAUCUUCUGUAUAUUCACGAAUCGCAUUUGGUUGCCAUGUCUCUAGAUUUUAGUCUUGAACAGACUUUGAAGAGUUUAGGAAAGCUGUUUUAUAGAAUGCCAUACAUUUUAGAUUUGUUUCUUCCCUCAUGGUGAAGUUCAAUUUGUGCCUCUAUCCUUCAUAUCUCUCAUAAAAUCAAGUUAGAGCUAGAGGAUUAAACAUUUUCAGCCAGAGCACUUCAUAGGAGGUGAUGUGUACUUCAUGUUGCAAUACAUCAGAAGCACUUAAAUAUCCAUUUUUCCCACUAUCACCAAUGCUAAGUUUGAUCAUUUGAUUAAGAUGGUGACUGCUGUUGCUCUCCAUUAUAAAGAUCCAUUAUACAACUAAUAGGAUUGGUGAACCUUGGUCAACUGCUUUUGGAAAUAUGUCAUCAUGUGUAUAAGUUCUGAAUUAAAAGAGAAAGUUGAAACAAUUACAGAUUCUUCGGAAAGAAAGAUAAUGAAAUGAUUGUGUAUCAGAACUUGCAGGAUGUUCCUGAAGCUCUACUCAGUGGAAACAUAAUACCCUUCAAUCUGUCUUGGAGGAAAGCACAAUGCAUCUGGCUCAAAAGACUAAAGAGUAUUCUAGUGAAGAAAAUUGCUCAACUUUGUUUAAAUUGGUGUAUCUCAAACUUUACCAUGGAAAUGCUAAUUUCCAUUACUUAGGGAUGUGAAACUGCGUUGGGAGAUGCUGCCAUCACUAAAAGAAACUCGGAAGUUGGAAAUUUCAGUCACCAAGUCUGGCUGUUAGCUAUGAUGGCAUGGCAGUUAGAAUCACACUCUCAAAAGGUUGCCUUUUAAUGUUUUCUCUUGUUUGUGAGUAAAAAUCUUUGUUGUAUCUAAGUAGAGGUGGCUCGGGUUUUAUCAAAUGUCAUUUUAUCCUCUCUUCCUGCAAUUGUAUAGUAUUUAAUUUGUUUCUGUGAUAAUUUAUACUGACAGGUUCUCUGACUUCUUCCCAUUCCUGGGUAUACCCAGGUUAGUCAUUGAUAUACUUUUUUUUUUUCCUUUGGAUGCACUGCUUGAUUUCAUUUACUGCUUUUUAGAAUUUUUACAUCUCAUGAGUGAGACCAUAUAAUAGUUUUCUUUUUUAAUGUAUUUCUGUCUGUUUUUGUAUUGCAAUUACCUGUAUUAAAACUGUAUGACAGUA